UGAACUCUUUUCAUACUGUGCUGAUGAUGGACUCCACAUACAAAACCAGCAAGUACAAAAUGCCGCUGUUUGAGAUAGUCGGAUUCACUUCGACCGAGAAGACAUUCAACGUUGCUUUUGCCUGGCUCAGUAACGAAAAGGAAGACAACUUUAUAUGGGCUCUGCAACAACUACGUUGUUUGUUAAGGCGUGAGACAAAUUUGCCGAAGGUUAUCUUGACGGAUCGAGAUUUAGCUUUGAUGAAUGCUAUUCCGGCUGUGUUUCCAGAAGCGGCGGCGUUGGUUUGUCGGUUCCAUGUUAAGAAGAAUGUGAGGACCAAGGCAGCCGAGCUGGUCAAGGUGAGGGAUGGGGAAAAGGUCAAGGCGGCGGACAUGAGGGAAAGAGUCUGUUUGGCGUUCGAGGAUGUGUUAGAUUCGUCUACUGAGGCUGAGUAUACUGAAAAUGUUAUGGCUUUUAGGAAGUUAUGUGAGAGGUGGCCAAAAUUUGUUCGGUACGUUGAAGAGACAAUUUUGGACACCGACAAAGAGAAGCUCGUGAGUGCAUGGGUGGACAAGUAUAUGCACAUGGGCAACCAUACGACAAAUAGAGCCGAAAGCGCACACGGUGUUUUGAAAAGUUACUUGACCGACGGUCUCGGUGAUUUGGUGAAGGGUUGGGAAUCGAUUCACAGAAUGUUAGGCAAUCAAUUCACCCAAGUGCAAACUGAAUUUGGCCAGAACAUGUCUGUGUAUGGACACACAUACCGGAAGAAAACACUUUACUCGACUUUGAUGUUUAAAGUCUCUAGACGUGCAAUGAGAUACAUCCACACUGAAUCAAAAAGAGUCGAGUUUACUGGUAUGGAUAGCAUGAAGUGUGGUUGUCUGAUGAGGACUAACUACGGGCUGCCAUGUGCGUGUUUGAUUGCCAAGAAACUGCACCACAAUAGGCCUAUUAGACUCGAUGAGGUUUACAAACAUUGGAAGAUAAUUUGUUUCCAAGAUGAAGAAGUUGGUGGCGACGUCGAGGACGAUUAUGCGUGCACGGCAGAGUGGCAAGCAAUUCAGGAACGAUUGAGGACAGCUGAUGUAAGCAUGAAAAAUGAGAUCCGAGAUCAACUCCGCAAGAUUGCGUAUCCUACAACCACCGAUGUGGAGCCUCCGACCACAAAUGUAAAAUCAAAAGGGGCUAAAAAGAAAAAGGUGGUCCGUGGAACAAGAUCCACCAGCAGAGAUAAGUCUCGAUGGGAGCAUGUUGAAGAAUAUUUCACGGAGACACAAGCGUCGCAAUCGUCAAAGCCGUCUCCGUCAAUUCCGUCCCACUCAAGGCCAUCAUCAUCACAACCUACCGCAUCAAACCCUAUGCCUACGGUGUCUGAAGCUCCGCUCACUGUGUCCAACCCAUUGCCACUAACCUCAUCAUCUCAAAUUUUUGGAAUUAACCACAUGCCAAAAUUCAUGCAUCCCUUCAUUGAAGAUAUCACCAACGUGGACGGCGACGGCUAUUGUGGUUACCGUGCCGUUGCAUUGGCUCAGAGAGGCAACGAAGAUGAUUUUGAACUGAUACGGUGCAACAUGAGCAGGGAGUUGCGAUUGAAUAAGGAUAUGUAUGUUGCUAUAUUUGGUUGCGAGGAGCGUUACCAAUAUAUCUGUGAUGCACUACUCCCACCCCCGAGGACGAGACAACGUACUAGUAUUAGGAAUAGUGUUGCACCGAUGGAUAAAUGGUUCACGUUGCCGGAUAUGGGACAUAUCGUGGCCACCAUAUUGGAUAGAGUAGUUGUUCAGCUCUCCAUACUUCAAAACGGGCCUUGUGAAACUUUUUUCCCAUUGCGUUCCAUUCCGUCACCAAACCCGUCUUCAAGGGUUAUUUGCCUUGGCGCGUUACCGGAUCACUAUGUUUUGGUAAAGCUUAAAGUUGGGUGUCCGAUACCCAAAUCAAACAAGUCGUGGAAGCAAUAUUGUGCUAAACAAAGUUUGGGUUGGGAAGAUUCAUUCAUAGCUGCGCAACAUAGGUUCGAGGAGAUGAUGAGCACCGAGAACGUUGUCCCCGUCAAAAUAGUUGGUGCAGGCAGUAGAGAAACUCCAUUGGUGAUUGACUGAUCAUUUGGCCUAUUUUAAUGUAUUUUACGUUGUUAUAUAUUUUGAUGUAAAGAACAUCCAUUUUGUAAUGAUAUGAAUCGAGAUGUAAUGACAUCCAUUUUGUAAUGAAAUAUAUUGAAGUGAUUUGGUGUUGUGUAAUUGUUUGUGUCAAUAUAAUGAUAUUGG